UUCAUCAGCUGAAGCUCUCUCCGUUAGCUGUCACACCAAACCCUUCCGCUACCCUUCUUGAGUUCAGUUCUCUUUGUUUCUUACAGGGCAAAAUGGGAGUUGUCACCUACUCAAUGGAGAUCACAAGUGCCGUCGCACCGUCAAGGAUGUUCAAGGCUUUGGUCCUUGACUCCCACAAUAUCUUGCCCAAGAUUGUUCCCGAGGGCAUCAAAAGCGUUGAGUUCAUUGAGGGAGAUGGUGGAGUUGGUAGCAUCAAGAAAACUAACUUUGGUGAAAGCUCCCACAUCAAGUACACAAAACACAAGAUCGAGGCUCUUGAUGUAGGUAGUUUUUACUGCAAAUAUACUAUGAUCGAAAGUGAUAUCAAGUUCGACAAGAUUGACUUUGUCACGGAAGAAGUAAAAUUCGUCGCGGCUGGCAAUGGAUGCGUUUGCAAGAUGACUAGCGAGUACCACGUUAAGGAAGGUUGUGAGCUCAAGGAGGAGGACAUCAAGAAGGGUAAAGACAGAGCUAUGGGAUUGUACAAGGCUGUAGAGGAGUACCUUGUGGCCAACGCCGAUGUUUGUGCCUAAAUGCUAUUCUCAAGAUCCCAAGUGAUGAUACAGCAAAGUGAGUGGAAAGUUUGUAUUGUAUCUUCUGUUUUCCCUUUUGGCUCUGCCUCGGAGCCUCUGGAUGAGGAAAGGUUUUUUUAUGGUGUGAUUUCUAUGUUAUAAAGGGUUUGAUGGUUGUAUGUAAGGUCAUGCUAAAAAUAAAAACUGAAGGAGCAACGAGCAAUCCAAUAAAUUAUGGAUCUUGCUCAAGAAAA